UUGUAGCAACACCAACUGCCUUUAGGACGGUCUGCCUGUAAGGUUCAUUUACAGACAUGUUUUCCAGACUGCGAAGUAUACUUGGGAGGAGGAAUGGACAACGUGGAGAGACCACAGUGAGGAAGAAGGAAGCUGGCCCUCGGUCUCACCGGAAAACAUGGAGAAUUAGAUGGAGCUGGGGAAGACACAGGACUACAGAGGAGGCACCAUCCCAAAACUCCACUGUCACUGAGCAGGACCAGCAGAUGGAGAAGUUGGAGGAACUUACCAUUAAGCUACAGAGUACAAAAUAUGAGCAAAUGGAGCUGAGAGCAAUCCUGGCCAGUUACACCAAGAAAAAUUUGAACAACAGGCUGAAUGCUUUUGAGAUUAUGAAAAAGGAGCAUAAGCAGGUGAUGUCAGACCUACAGAAAUUGCCCCUGGAGAUCAGUGAUGCCUUGAAUAAGUGCAAGCAGCUGACUGAGGAGAAGGAAUCCUACAGUUACCUCCAUAGCCUGAUCCUAAGAGAUUUGACUCAGGUGAAAAACAAUGUCCAUGAGUUGAGAAUGGAGAAGAGACAGCUCUGUCAGGAACAGACUGCACUGCGAGAGACCUGUGAGGAGGUGAAGAAGCUCUUUAAGGAGGUCCAGGAGAAGAUCUGUGUUCCCUGUGCUGAGCAGCAUCAGGAAGAAGAAAGCCUAGAUGAAAGACUGAAGAACCUGCUGAUACAAAAGAUUCUGAUCACCCAGAAAAGGACAAUGGCAGAAAAGAUGGAGCAUCUCUUCAGUGUCUUAGAGAUGAGGUCAAAAACUCUCCAGUCAGAGUUGGAACCAGGCACAGCCCAGGAUGAGAGCCUCCUACAGACAGAGCUGCUGCAGCAGGAUCACUGAGUCUCACAGAUGUUGAAAGAACUGAGGAGGUCAAAGAAACCACACAUACCUUGAGACCAUGACAUUCUACAACCUCCAAUCUAGGACUCCAGUGAAGUCACAGUGUGGAAAAUAAUAGCUGACCUCCAUAUGUCCCAUCCCCAGUAAGGCCCAUUGGUCUGUCGACUCAGUACUUCCAAGGAAAAGAAAGCAUCAAAAAGGAGUUUGACAUGCAGAAGACCUGAGACAAGAAUUACUAAGAACCCUGACAUUCAAUGGACUGUGAGGGUACAACAACAUGGAGGGGAGACAUGGCUGUACUAGCUUUCAAAAGACUUUUUCCACCUGGUGACUGCCUUCCUACCAUGAUUCCAAGGCCAUCACAGGCUGUAGAUCUGUGCUGCUACAUCCGUAGCAAAAACAAUUGCUGCUUAGCUUAAUGUAUUUAGUUUGGGUUUUUGGUUUGAUUUUGUUGGCUUUGUUUUUUUAGUUUUCUUUGUUCUUCAUUUUGUUGUUAUUGUUGUUUUUACAAGUCUGCUCACAGUUUAUAUCGACUGUUCCCUUUAUGUCUGCUUUUAGUAAACUGACUGUAUUUUUAUGAAUAUAAAUUGAUUUUCAACA